GAGUCUGAUGUCAGCCCCACCCUUUGUUGACCCGCCCACCAUGCCCACUAUGGUCUCCAGGCUGCCGAAGUUCGGCUCCCGUCCCCGAUCACAGACAGCUCCGGCCUCCGCUUCUGUUGCUGCGGGAAGCACCCGCCUCACCAACGGGUUCUACCACCACCCCGGACCUGCCGGGGUCAACGGUACCUCCUCCGCCCCUGCAAAGCAGAAUGGCUUCAUCAGAGUGCCCGGCUCAUUCUCCUCGAGGUGGAGGAGGGAGAACGAGGCGGCGAGCGACGGGGCGGUGGGCCGGGAGGCUGAGUGGAGGAGAGGACACGAGCAUUUUUCACCGGUUCCGUCGCAGCAAGACGCCAACAAACCGACCUCUGCAGGGAGGAGGCCUGGCCAGCCUUCAUCCUCAUCUUUAUCACCGUCUCCACAGUCCAGCCCUAGAACUCUUCCAGUCUCUAAAACUGGAUCUUUGGGGAAGAGACUGGGCCAGACCCCAUCAGGGCUGACCAGCGGUACCAAACAGACCCUCAACACAAGUUCAGGAUCUAAACCACACACCAAGGCGGUCACUUCUCUGAGACAGUCCCAGAUCUUUGCUCGUUCUGCCGGAUCGAGGCUCGGCUCUAGUCCAGGACCUCGAUCCGGUUCCCCCCUCAAUAAAAAGCCAGCGGCCAGCCGCUCCCACUCCAGCGAAACCCUCGGCUGCACUUCUUCCACCAGGCUGACCGAAAACGACCGCUUUCGGUCACGCAGCCUCACCCAGGUCCGACAACAGCCCUCCCCCACCCUCACCUCAUCUUCCACCUCUUCCUCACUCCUCCCCUCAUCCUCCAACAUCUCCCGCUCCUUCUCCAUCAACAGGGCUGCCCAGUGGGGAACCCGGGGCUCCUCCCCCCAGGCUCCUCCCAGAGGCAGCUUGUUGAAGCCACCUGUGAACAGACACACAGGUAGAAACAUCAAAGGUCCAAGUUCUGCUGCUUCUGGGUUGACGAGGGUCAGCGGAGUGUCCCAGCUGCCUCAGUCAACCUUAAAGAAGCCCCUCCUACCUGACCCCAGCCCCGCCUCCAAGUCUAGCGGCAUCAGCUACAAGCUGUCACGCCCGUCACUCAUCAAACAGCCCCGCCCCCUUGGAGUGAUUCCAGCCAGUCAGCAUAGAGGAGAUCAGGACGUGAACCGAGGACCAAACGGACGAAGGGACUCCGUCGAGACGCCGUUGUCUUCAGGAACCAGCCCAGAAAACUCUCCUGACUCUCCGGAGGGGCUGACGGUGGACCCUGUGUCCCAGGGAGGAGGAUCCACGGUAGGUGAGAUGCUGGAGGACAUGUCCCUGUCCUCCACGUCCUCCCUGGACAGAAACGACACCAGUCAGGAGUACAUGGACGACUUCGACAACCUCGGAAAUGGGGGAGUUGAUAUUCUGCUGUUCCCGUCCAAAAACGAUGAAGAGGACUCGGGACUCGACCAGACCUGCACUCGGCUGGAUGACGAGGAGGAGGCGGUGAGCAGGGUCACGGAGGCGACGGGACUCUGUUUCCUCGAUGAUGGUUUGGAUUGGCCAGGAGUCGGAGGAGAAAAAGAAGAGCAUCGACUGAUCCGACUCGCCCAGAGGAGAAAGUCCAGCCAGCCGGACUACCAUGAACAGGGCGGUUCGUCUCUGGACCUGUCCCCCUCUGACAGCUGCGGGUCUGGGGGGACCUACAUGUGGGACGAGGAGGGUCUGGAGCCUCUGGGGGGCGCCGCCACAACCGCCUCCAUCCACACCAACGGCAGCACCACCCACCACAUCGGGAGCUUCGGCUCGGACAUCAACAGCAUCGAGCUCUUAAACAACUUGGAGUCGUGUGAUUUAGCUGACGAUGACCUCAUGCUGGAUGCAGAUUUUCCAGAUGAUUCCUCGCUGCGCAGCGAUGGAGACGGGCUGUCCCACAUGGCUCAGUGGAGGAUGAGACAACUCUACUGGGAAACACAAGACGCCAGCAACGACAACGAAAGUGAUUUCCAGAGCUACAUCCUCACCCAGGGUCCUGAAAGCACAAAGAAGGAUAAAAUCCAGGCGGGUGACAUCAUCCUGGACUCCGGUCCUGUCAGGUUGUCCUGUCUGCCUCCAGCUGCUCUGGAUCUGGGACUGGAUCUGGGACUGGGUCUGGAUGUGGAGGAACUGGCUGAGGACUGUUCUGCAGUCCACUCACAGCUGGAGUUCCUGCAGAGGUUACUGCUGCAGGAGGACGGCGUGGACGAAGACACUCUGACCACAGACACUCUGAGUCCAGAGAGCCCGGACUCGUCCCACAGCACCGACUCACAGGUGCAGGUGCUCCUGCAGGAGGUGCAGCAGCUUCGAGAGGAACUGAGGAGCCGGGACCGAACCAUCGCCCAGCUCAGCCUGCAGCUGACUGUUCCCUCGCGGACCACCGGGUGUCGCUGUCAGGAGGCGCAGGAACGAGCGGAGCGGCACACGCAGGCGAGCGUCGCCACGAGCGAGAGCGUCGCUUCGCAGACGCCGUGGACAGAACCCGCUUCACAGGUACUUCACUCCUCCGAUCAGAGAGACCAGGAACCCCUGAUGCAACAAGCUCCGCCUCCUCCAGGUAACCCCACCCAGCCUGAAACACCUGCAGACAGACUCCUCCCCUCAUCUAAAACCCCUGGCUGCACGUCCCAGAGAGCAGGGGGUGAUGGGAAAACUCAGAGGAAGGUGGAAGAGGAGGAGACGAAUGAGAGAAGAAGCUUCAGCAGAUCCCUGCUUCCACCGCAGCCUUCCAAGCUCCGCCUCUUCCUGCCUCACACCUGCAGCUCUGCCCCAGGCUCUUCAAAGAUGACGCCGUUGGCCCCUCGCGACCCCGACAGCGGGAAGUUCAAAGCCUUCAACUGCGGCUCGUCUCGCCUCCCCAAACCAAAGAGCCACUGAGGCGGUCUGAGAUCAGACCUGCGGCUCUGACUGACCUCUGACCUCUGACCUCUGCCUGCAGCCCUGCUGGACCCCUCACCUAUUUAUUGUUCUAAUCGGCGCUCCGCUUCGUUCUUGCAGCUUCUCUGACACUCGUAGGACGAGAUAAAGGAAGUAAAGAUUUAACAGAUACGGUAAAAAAGCCUCUUCAAGGCGAAGAAUCCUGGGCGUCUUGGUGAAAUAAAGAUUGUGCCUUGGAUUUGGAAAAACUCUCACCUCAUCAGCUGAGUGUGAAAUAUUUAAA